AACGGGGAGAGAGGGAGAGAGAGAGAGAGAGAGAGAGAGAGAGAGAGAGAGAGAGAGAGAGAGAGAGAGAGAGAGAGAGAGAGAGAGAGAGGGAGAGAGGGAGAGAGAGAGAAAGAUGGAAACGGGGAGGGAGAGAGAGAGAGAGAGAGGAGGUAGGCGCUGCAGACGCGUUGACAACAAUCGCACUCUGCAACACGCGUCCACCAUGUAGGAAGCUUCCCGAGAUUAUCAUCAGUCCUGCAUGUACCACCAUUCGUCUUCCUUCCUCCCUCUAUUGUUUUGAUCCCCGAGCCAAGCAAUCGUGCAAGAACGUGUUUGAUUGUUGAUCGCUUAUAGAUGGGGACUAUAGACUAAAGUAGCGCACUGAGGUAAACAAACGGACGAUGGAGGAUCGCUACUCCGCCGAGUGCGACGGGACUGAAGCAUGGUUGGACGACCACCUGGAGUUCACCCACUCCUACUUUAUCAGGAAGGCAUCCAGGGAAAUGGUGAAUUCGUGGUUCGCCGAACGCGUCCACACAAUCCAGCCCUCCAAGGACACGCCCCCGCUGCAGCGAGCCCACCACCACCACCAACACCACUCCGCCUCCACCUUCUCGGACCACCCGCCCAGCAGCACCAACACCAACACCACCAUCACCAUCAACACCACCAUCACCACCUCCACCAUCACCCCGCCCGCCCUCUCCUUCUACGACACCCGCUGCCCCUCCCCCGGCCCCAACGCCAGCCCCGCCGCUCCCGGCACCCCCACCCGCAAGAUCUCCGCGUCCGAGUUCGACCGCCCCCUGCGACCCAUCGUGGUCAAAGACUCCGAGGGGUCGCUCACCUUCCUGUGCAGCUCGGACCGCGAGCUCGGUGCCAUGCCGACGCAGACGACGACGACGACGACGAGCGUCAACGACGACGCCGGUUCUACUUCCUGUAGAGGGGAGGGGCUUAACAGCGGCGGCGGCGGUGACGUCGGUUCGGACCGGUGCCGCCGCCUGCUGGAGCUGGUGAGGGAGGUGUCCAGUCACCUCGACGUCACCGCGCUCUGCCACAAGAUCUUCCUGCACAUCAACGAGCUGAUCGCCGCCGACCGCUACUCGCUGUUCCUGGUGGGCGAGGACAGCUCCAACAGGAAGUUCCUGGUGAGCCGGCUGUUCGACGUGGCAGAGGGCUCCACACUGGAGGAGUCCUCCAGCAGCUCCAUCCGCCUGGAGUGGAACAAGGGCAUCGUGGGCCACGUGGCCGCCACCGGCCAGCCCCUCAACAUCCGCAACGCCUACGAGGUCAGCGCCCCCCCCCCCCCCAUACAGAACACCUUCUCCAGUGUCUUCCACAUGGAAUACGAGGAGCUCAGCGAUGGUCUGGAUGCCCCAAAAAGAGAGUGUGACGUCAGCCAGAUCAACUACAUGUACGCCCAGUACGUGCAGAACACCACGAUGCCCCUAAACAUCACAGACGUCACUAAGGACCUGCGCUUUCCCUGGACGAGUGACAAGCCCGACCAGCCCAGUAACCACAUCAAGAGCUUGCUGUGCACGCCCAUCGGAAACGGGAAGAAGGACAAGGUCAUAGGCGUGUGCCAGCUGGUGAACAAGAUGGACGAGGCGACGGGCGGCGUGAAGGCGUUCAACCGCAACGACGAGCAGUUCCUGGAGGCCUUCGCCAUCUUCUGCGGCCUGGGCAUCCAGAACACCCAGAUGUACGAGAGCGUGGAGCGGGCCAUGGCCAAGCAGGAGGUCACCCUGGAGGUCCUAUCAUACCACGCUUCAGCCGCAGAGGAAGAAACUCGGCUUCUCCAGGCCGCGACGGUGCCCUCAGCCCAGACCCUGCAUAUUAUGGACUUCAGCUUCAGCGACUUUGAGCUGUCCGACAUGGAGACGACCCUGGCAACCAUCCGUAUGUUCAUAGACCUCAACCUGGUGCACAACUACCAGAUGAAGUACACGAGUCUAUGCCACUGGAUCAUGAGUGUGAAGAAGAACUACCGGCGGAAUGUGGUCUACCACAACUGGCGGCACGCCUUCAACACGGCACAGUGCAUGUUCGCCGUGCUCAAGUCCGGACGCCUGCAGAACAACAUGAGGGACCUGGAGAUGCUGGCGUUGAUGAUCGCCGCGCUCAGCCACGACCUGGACCACCGAGGAGUCAACAACUCCUACAUACAGAGGAGUGCCCACCCCCUGGCUCACCUCUACUGCCAUUCCACCAUGGAGCACCAUCACUUUGACCAAUGUCUGAUGAUCCUGAACAGUCCAGGGAACCAGAUCCUGAGUGGCCUGUCCCUGGAGGGGUACAAGGCCACUCUGAAGAUGAUCGAGAGGGCUAUUCUGGCCACCGAUCUGGCUGUGUACAUGAAGAGGAGAGGGGAAUUCUUUGAGCUGACAAAGAACAGUCAGUUUGUCUGGGAGGACGAGGACCACAGAGACCUGCUGAGGUCAAUGCUGAUGACUGCGUGUGACAUCUCCGCCAUCACCAAGCCCUGGCCCGUGCAGAAGAGGAUCGCUGAGCUGGUGGCCACAGAGUUCUUCGAGCAAGGAGACAAGGAGAGAGAGGAGCUGAACAUCGAGCCCAUCGACCUGAUGAACCGUGAGAAGAGAGAUAAGAUCCCCAGCAUGCAGGUUUCCUUCAUAGACGCUAUCUGCACACAGUUGUACGAGACGCUGGCCGGUAUGUCGGAGCACUGUUCCCCUCUGCUGGACGGCUGUCAGCAGAACAGGCAGCGUUGGAAGCGUUUGGCGGAGCAGUGCGAGAAGGGCGGAGUCAACGGCCUGGAAUGAGAAGCGUUAACCCCGCCCCCAGACCCAAACCACUCCCCCCCAACCACCACUUGUCAUAGUUUUCAACUCGCUGUCAAUCGCCAGAGACAAUGUCAGCACUAAAGCUAUAUUUAUUACUGCAGCAUUUGUUAUUAACAAAAAAGAUAUAUUGUUUUGUUUUUGUUUUUACAUUUUUUGCACAAAGUUGACUUACAAACUCAUGACAGAUUUUUAAACACUUUUACCAAGACAAGGUCAUCACGCAAUAGGACUACAGAAUAUUCCGGAAGAAGCAGUGGCAGAGCUCCAGAACCAAUAUGUACCCAGAAUCUCUAGAACCACUAACAGUGAAUAACUAGGCUUCUAAUGUACACAGUGCAACAGUUUCAUGACAUAUCUAAAGGUUCAAAGGGCUUUGGUUAACAACUUGAAUGCCAACCACACGCUGAGAUUGAACCACAGGAAAAGCGCCAUUUUUACUGCCUGAAAUGACUGCCUGCUGAUUUGGUAGAUGACAUCACUGUUACGCGGCUCAAACGUAACAAAGAAAUGGGGCAGGAGACCAUGUGAUAAUCCACGUUAACAUCACCCGGCACCAAUUUCAGCCAAUCAGAGGAUCUGUUUCAGUUAUCUCUGGUGCCAUCCCUGAGGUUUUAGUUUGGUAAAUGGUUACUCAACAUAAGCACACAUAACAGUUUGGCUCUUUUAUAAUGUUCACAUUAUUCUUCAAUAAUACGUAUUUAUUUUUCUUUGAUAUAUAUUUAUUAGUUUCCGCUAUUCUAAGGGAAUCCUCAUUACGAACGCCCGAGUCUUGAAAGGAAUUGCAGGUUAUCAAUUAAUUCCUGGCUCUGAGUUUGUUUAGGACAAACAUUGUUGGCAACCCCCAAGAAAUAUACUGUAUGAUUGGUUUUUAAUUUGUAUUAUGUUUUGUUUUGUAGUUGCAAAAUGUCAAAGGCCAAAGACUAGGUCUGUGAUUGAAGUGGGCCUAGAAUCUUCCACUGCCUCCUCUUGAAAGAAUGCUUGCCACCAAGGUACCAUUUCAUAAGUCAAAACUCACAAUUCAGAUACUAAGAUAAUAAUACCAUCAUCCGUACUCUGUUGAUUAUCGAUUGACCACUGUCAAUCACUUAGCCACCGUCUUCAUUUUCUAAUUAGCCAAAACCUAAUGGACAAAUAUCCAAUAACGGCAAGAGAUAGACAAAUCAAACUCUGCGAUAAGAACGUAAAAGAACAUGUGACCUAUCACUGGACCAUCACACUGCCUUCUACGAGAACGUACGUGUCCCCAUAAUUGUUUUGUCAAUUGAGAAAUUUAUUAAUUAGAAGAAAAAAACUUGGCAUUUUUAUUCAACACUACAGACGGCGGUGGUUUAGGCAUCUGUAAUUUCGUAGCUCAUCAUAGUUAUUUCACUAAUAUCUGUAACCGUUACCUGUUUUUUCCUACACAACAUGUUGUACUCGAUACUCACAAUAAACAGUUUGAUAAGAGCACCAUAUUUACAUUAACUUACAUUAGCUACAGAGCCUUCCCUCACACCUUUUAUAUAUUUGUACUGUCUUCUUCGCCAAAUACAUGCUCAGAUAUCAACCAACCCUGGCGGCAUUUUGGAAUUGGAACAUUUACUUUCUCUGGGAAUGUAAACUCGUGUGCCUGAUCAUUCGAAAAUAAAAGUAGGCAUUGUUUUUAAUUAUUUUGACCCCAACUCUUCUUCAAAUAUAAGAAAGACAAAUGUUUUUAACAUUAGGUUAAUACAUUACAUUAUUUCUGAAAUGACACUAAGAAAACUGAAUUAAAAUACUUGUUAUAAAUCCUACUUAAUUAUAUUCAUAGUAACAUCAUUUGUGCAUACUGCAAACAGCUGUAAGAGCUACUAUAAAAACCCAAUAUCAUUUUACCAUGGAGUACACCUCCCAUAGGCCUAAGCAGUGUCCUGGAGGAGAAAUCAAAGAAAAUAGCUGUGAAAGAAAAGAUUCGGAAUGGCCCGUCUUGGAAUAAAGCCCCCUCGCCACCACGACAAGGCAACAGUAUCCAGCUGCAGCCCCGGAGAACAACACCCUGGCGUGACAGAACACCCAGGCGGGACGGCAGUACUGUGGCUGGAAGGAAGUUACCUCCGAUUAUUUUUUUUAUAGACAAAUAAACGUAUUUAUCGCUUGAAUUAACAUAACAUAGAAAUAAAAAAAUAUUUCGACACGUUAGUAACCAUUUAAAGGUUUAACGUUGUUUAGACAAAUACCUCAGGAUUUUUUCUUUGCGUUAUUAAACUUAUUAGACCAAAAAAUUAGAAUAAAACAAUAUUAUGAAAACAUCAGUAAGCUUUUUUAUAGCAUCAUUUUUUUUACGUUAUUUAGACGAAUAAACUGAUUUAGUGUGUAGACAAUUAUUUAAUGGAAUUGUGUAUUAUACACUUUACUCAUUAAGUAAUUGACCAUUAGAAUUAAGUAAUUAGAAUGAAGUAAUUGUUUUAAUAUGUCUAAUAGAAUCAAAUUUAAUUUUUUGUAAAGUAUAUCAUCAUAAUUUGAUAUCAAUAUACAUUGAAGAAUAACCACACCAAAGUUUCCUCACAAUUUAUGUAACAAAUAAUCUACAGAAGCUUAAAGAUAUAGCUUCUUCAUGCUGACUGCCAUCAGCUCCAACUCACUGUCAAAAGAAUCAAACAGUCAAAUCAAUAUUAAGCCUAUACAAUAUAUAUUUUUUAUUCUGUCACUGGAAACGUCAUUCACUUCUCUUUUUCGCUUCAGUCUGAAGACUGGUGGAAGUAGUCCAGCCGGCAUUUGUUUGGCCUCCUCCAUGAAGUGUGGGAACCUUCUGCCGUGCCUGUAUAAAUAAAGAUAAAUGAUUGUAGGAAUUAUACAUAUUUUGUUAACAUUGGGGUUGAGGUAUAUAUUCAUAUUUGAAAUAAACAAAAACAUACCCAUCCAGGUGGAAGUUCUCAAGCACAGUACUGUGCACCACCAUUUUCUGAGGACAGGCAUGUCUUUCUAAAGUAAGGGGAUAUUCCAAGAAUCGACAAUGAUAAAAUAUGUAUACAAGUAUGAAUUUUUUGAUGUUGUAACCUUACAUAUGUCAAAAAUCCAAUUCUUAUUUUAAACGUAUCGUUUCAAUCGUCAGCUCUUUUUUCAUUUAAUGUAAUGCCUACUUACAACAGUGAAGUCAAACGGUGCCUCCAUGGCAAGGUACCAAGCAUACUGUGAUGGAAAAAUGUA